GCAAACACGUCAGGAAAUUACUGUUACUAUGAUUUAUGCUAUAUGGAUAAAUUUUGUUAGUACAAUUGCAAGCUUAUCAGUUGAAAUUCGUAAAUUCGCGGUUGGACGUAAAAAAACGUUGAUAUUAGCUGUAGCCGUUAUGUUAUUUUUUAUAUUAUUAAGGUCAACGAGUGACAUUGAUGAAGUCAGUAUCAUAAAUGAUAAUGAAACGAGACAAUAUGAUGAUAUUUAUGAUUUACUCAUGUCCAAAAUUGGGUCUAUAUUGGGUCCUAAUCAUGGUCCAAGAACAAUUCCACACAUGUUAGAUGUACAUAUGAACCUUGAACAAUCAAUACAAAAAGUAGAUGAGAUGUUGCGAAAAACUGUGCCACCAAUUGUUGAACGAGUUCUUCGCGAAAAGUAUGGUUCGAUUAUUCUUCCCGACAAAGAGCAACUUAAUGAAUGGGUGAUGUCGGCUGCCCAUAGCUUAGUUCAAGAAUAUGUUAAAACAGAUAUUCGUAAUAUGCCAGAUUUCGCACUUUCAUCAGGCGGUGCUCGUAUAAUUCACAGUCUAACUUCUAGACCAUAUUCCGAAAUGCCAAACACAAAAUUUCAUAAAAUGUUCUCUCUAUUACUUUAUAAUGGAUAUGUGCAUGGACAUAAAGCACAUGUUGCUAUCGAUGGAAACAAUCAGAUUGGGAAUUGUUUCGCAUUUGCAGGAAUUCGAGGUCAACUUGCAAUUCAAUUGAGUAGAACAAUAUAUAUUACCACUGUCUCUUACCAACAUUUAGAUCGAAAUUUAGCAUUAGAUGAUACUAAUAUUUUAAGUUCACCCGCCAGAUUUGCCGUGCUAGGAAUUCCUGAUGAAAAAUAUUUAUCAAAUACAACGUCAAAGGCCUUAGAAGUAUCGCAAGGAUUCGUACGACUUGGUGAAUUCAUUUAUGAUCUGGAAGGUCCACCUGUACAGAUAUUUCAGGUUGAGCAUAAAAAUGGGAGUGAACGAAUACCCAUAAAAAGUGUGAUAUUUAAGGUCAAUAGUAAUUGGGGGCAUGAUAGGUACACGUGUUUGUAUCAAUUUAGAGUUCAUGGAAGGAAUGUAAAAAAUAUGUUGGGACAACAUCAAAAACUUCCAUAUUCAAAAACAUUUGAGAGUACACCUGUCGGUACAUAG